UCCCACAAAAGAGCCAUUCUGGUACUAACUACUGUAUAGUGCUUUGUAGACUUUACCUGAAAGAAACUGUUCCAGAGAGUGCAGUAGAACCUACUGCUGGGAGAGAAUAUUACCCAAGUGAAUAAAACUGUUCAGUGAGGAAUAAAACUGCUCCGGAGGACAGUUAUGCUUUUGAUUUAUUUGGUGAUUUUUCUCUUGAGAGAGACUGCUGAAUAGAGAAACAAAGAGUGAGACUGCUGCUGCAAGAGACUGUAGCGAAAGACUAGGGAGACCACCCUGAAAUCUUUCUCAUAGACAGCACAGGAAUUUAAGACCCAAUGAGUGCAACCCACGCACCUUUGCGGAGGAGAGCCAGCACCCCUCUGCCAUGUUCUCACCAGAACCGCCCACGAGCAGCUCCUUCCUUAGUAGUAAUGCCCUCAACCUCAAAACCUACACUCAGUGAACAGUGUAGUGGGUCAUCUGACUCUGGAGGAUCAGAUGGAGUUCAUGAAACUGUUUGCAGAGUUGUUCUUCUGGGGGACCCAGGAGUUGGAAAGUCAAGCCUUGUUGCCAUCUUCACAAGAGAACCAGAAAGAGAGGUGCCAGAAAAAAAACAAGAAGUGUUUGAAUGCUCAUUGAAUGUAGAUGGAGAAGACACCACUCUGCUAGUGAUGGAUUCAUGGGAAAGUGAAAGACAGAGGUCCAAUGGAGGCAGUGACAACCCUAUGCGAACAGGUAAUGCAUAUAUCAUUGUGUAUUCAAUCACGGAUCGAGCAAGCUUUGAGAGUGCCUCAGAACUUCGAAUACAACUUCGACGUACCCGUCAAUCAGAAAAUAUUCCGAUAAUCCUUGUAGGGAAUAAGACGGAUCUGGUGCGCAGCAGGGAAGUGUCUGUAGAAGAGGGACGUGCCUGUGCAGUGGUGUUUGACUGUAAGUUCAUAGAGACCUCAGCAGUGCUACAGCACAAUGUCCGUGAGCUAUUUGAGGGGAUGGUUCGCCAGAUCCGGUUACGCAGAGAUGGGGCAGAUACAUCAGAAAGUUGCAGAUUGAGGCACCAACGCAAGGAGAGUCUGAGCAAACGAGCGCGCAGAUUUCUUGACCGUCUAGUAACCAGGAAUAGCAAAGCAGUGCUGAGAGUGCACUCACGCUCCUGCCACGACCUGUCUGUACUCUGAGUGCUGGGACAGUUAAGGACUAUUUAUGUGCACACACUGGGGGUAUCUUACUGGAGCUCACUGCUCCGUCACAUGGGAAGUUCAAAGAAUGCAAUUAAACUUUAUAUGGUUUAAGUGAGUUACUUAAAUGUGAAGUUCAAUGGGUUUUUGUAUAGGAACCAAUGAUAGAUUAGUUCUGUCCCCAGAACACAUUUUUACUAAGGAAUGAAAUCAGGCUUUCUGAGUGUGGGAUUGUAGAUGACACUUGUAGGGGAUGUAGGUCACAGUUUUUCUAUUUCUCCCUCCCCCUCCAGCACUUUAUGGAAUUUUGCUCAGCUCCCUCUAAGCAGACACUGACCAAACAAUGGAAAAAUUGAGCUCAAUGUUUAUGGAGAGAGACUGGGAGAGACUGCAGGGAAAAAAACAGAAGACAGGGAUUCCAAGGAGUGCGCCCCCCACCCCCUUCCUAGAUGUGAGCAUCUUCAGGCAUUUUUAAAGCAGGGUUGGUCUUUCCCUUGGUUGCUUAAAUCACACGUGUAGCAGCGGAGAGUUUAGACCCUUAUUGAUCUGUGGAUGCAUUACGUCCCAGUGGCCUAGUUUCUUUAAAGCAUUCUGGGUCUAUAAAAACAUAACAGAGUAGCGCCGUAUCAGAAGUGUGAAAUACCGUAAAAGGACGAUUUUGCUGCUGAAGUGUUAUAAUAGAAUUUGGUAUUAUAAGUAGCAAGUCAAAUGUUAUCUGAUUCGUUGGCAUCUUUCUGAAAAGCUGAGCUGGGGUGCACUAGGGGUCCGGCACAUGUUUAUGUAUCAUUCCUUCUUCCAGCUUUAUUUGCUGUGUAAAUCUGGGCCUUGGGGCUUUUCCUACAGAAUUGCUCUAUGGUGUUGGAUUUCAGUUAUAUUUGUUAACCCUUGUCAUGCCGCAGUUGUUGAAAGAACAAUGCUGACGUUUCAGAUGUCAUUAUAGUACUAUGACUAUCUGUGAUCUCCUUGGGGACAUUUCCGCUGGAUGAAGAAUGCUGUGUAGUUAAAGGGAAAGUCCAGCCAAAAUUGGAAUCCACAUGGAUGCAGUUCAGUUUUGAUUAGGAGCAUUUUUGUAAUAUACAUGUAUUAGCAAAAAUAUUUCUAAUAAAAGCUAUAGCUGUUCCAAAAGUAUAUUUAAGUAUGCACCGUGCACCAGAAUUUUAAACAGCACUUGCUUAAGACCUUAAAGGGACAUUAUACACUAUUUUUUUCUUUGCAUAAAUGUUUUGUAGAUGAUCUAUUUAUAUAGCCCAUAAAGAUUUUUGUUUUUUUUAAAUGUAUAGUUUUGCUUAUUUUUAAAUAACAUUGCUCUGACUCCUAACCAAGCCCCAAAGUUUUAUGAGAAUACCGUCAGAUACCUACUCCAGCUUGCUCCUGUUUGUGUAAAGGGUCUUUUCAUAUGCAAAAGAAGGGGGGGGGUUGUCUUAUUUCCCCCUUGUAGUGGGCUUUCCAGCUACCUUUUCAACAGAGCUAAACUGAGCGCUUCUAAGUAAGUUUUUAAACUGUUUUAUACUGGAUUUUUAUAUCAGUAUCUGUGCAUCUUUUUCUUUAUAGUAAUGUCUAUUAGAUGCAGUUAUAUGAAAAUGAGUGUAUACUGUCCCUUUAAGUUGCUUGUAGCAUCUGGUAAUGACUCAAUUUGUUAAUUGCUGACAUGAUACAAGCCCCACUGGCGCUCUGAGCUGCAGCCUUAUUUAAAAUGCUGGUGCACUGAGAACAUCCAGCUAUGCUUCACAUGCACAUGCUGAGACAAAUUCUAACACUAAAACAGUGAUAACUUUUACUUGAAGCAUUUUUGCCAAUAAAUGUAUAUUGUAAAUAAGUUUCUAUUAAAAAAUCUAAUUUAUUUAUGUGGAUUUCAAUUUUGACCGGAAAAUUCCUUUAAGAGGAAUUUGGACAAAUGCAAUACAAAAUAGUAACAAAUAAGAAAAGAUGAAUCAUUUAAGUUUUUAUUAUUUUUAUUGUGUGUGUAUAUCAGUAUAUUUAGAAAUAUGACUUUUAAUAUCUAUGGUUUAUAUUGUAUUGUAUGCUACAAAAAAUAGAUUUUACUGUAUUCAGCGAGUGCCUACACAAGAGUCUGACAUGUCUGAAGUUAAUCAAUAAUCUGCUUACUCCUGCCUCAAAUAUACGCUUGCCGUGAAAUAUAAGACUAGCAAUGAUACAAAAACAACAUUACGUUUAGAAGUAUAAUUCUUUCAAAGGCAGAGUUGUUAUUACCAAUUUGCGGUGCUGCCAUGUCAAAAGGACAAUAAACUUCACACAAAUGCUAUCAUGUAUACGAAAGAGCAGACAUUGUACAUAUUUAAUUGUGUAUUAAACUAAGGUUAAUUUAAUUUUGCUUUAACUAAGAGGAAUUGCUCAUUAAAGGGAUGUGAAACCCAAUUUCUUUCAUGAUUUAGAAAGAACAUGCAAUUUUAAACAACUUUCCAAUUUACUUUUAUUAUCUAAUUUUCUUCAUUCUGUUGAUAUCCUUGGUUGAAAAGCAUAUAUAGAUAGGCUCAUUAGCUGCUGAUUGGUGGCUGUACAUGGAUGCCUUGGGGCCGAAUUAUCAAGGGCCGAAUGGCCCUAAAUACCCCUGUUGGCUCACCGGAAACAGGAGUAAAGAAGCAGCAGUCUUAAGACAGCCACUUCUUAACUCGUCUGCCGCUUCUGAGGCGGCGGACAGCAAUCAGCCCAAUCGAAUACGAUUGGCUUGAUUGACACACCCUGCUAGCGGCCAAUUGGAUCUGCAGGGGGCGGCAUUGCACAAGCAGUUCACCAGAACUGCUUGUGCAAUGUUAAAUGCCGACAGCGAUGUCGGGCGGACAUGUUUCGCUACAUUGAAUCAUGUCCGCCUGCCAUUUGAUAAUUCGGCCCCCUUGUGUGAAUGGCUCACCCAUGUGUAUUGCUAUUUCUUCAACAAAGGAUAUAUAAAGAAUGAAGCAAAUUAGAUAAUACAAGUACAUUUAAAUGUUGUUUAAAAUUGUAUUCUCUAUCUGAAUCAUGAAAGAAAAAAUGUGGGUUUCAUGUCCCUUUAAGCACAACCCAUUCAUUGGGACAGAUUUCCCAAUGGAUAAUAAAGGCAAUUCUAUAAGUGAACAGAAUUUAUUAUAAAACAAAAAUAAAAAGAUACAAAAACAAACUUGGAAAAGAAAAACAAUUGUUGAUGCAAAAAAAUAAAAAUAAAUAUAUAUAUAUAUAAUCUCCCUUUAAAUAUUUAUGAUUUUUGGCUCAAAAAAGGGGUUGCUGGGUACAGUCCUGCUUUUUAAUGACAGUGGUAACUUCUAAUUUGCAAAUCCAAAUGGCUUUAAUUAAUCUCUGUGUUUUGUUUUGCAACUCCAGUCUGUAAGUACCACAAACGGGCCAGAUGUGAACCACUUGCCUACCUAGGCACUAAACCAAAAGACUGAGCAGAUGAACAGCCUGGGAAGGGGAAUGUUACAAUUCUGGCCAGUUUGAGUACUAGGGUUGAGAAACUUAGGUCUAGGCCACGUUAUUUUUUUUAUUACAUGGAUGCUAUAGAAUGUACGAAUGCAAUGCACAUUGGGAAGAUUACUUAGGUCUUCUCUGUUUUUAUUUUUACGCAGGAAGCCUUUAGCUUAGUUGUCCAACCAGUAUCCAAACUGCAGCUCUUAAAUGUUGUUUUUUAAAGCCACUCCGCUUGUUAUGCAUGUGAACCUGGGAGGUAUCUUGUAGCACUUGCCCCUUAAAAUAGCAACAACAGUCGCCAUGCAGCAAAUGUGUACUGAUAAAGAAGUCAGCGUUAGGACAGAGGAGGAGAUGCUCUCUAUGCCUAUCUAAUAACACAGAUCCAUGUGUGUACAUUGCCAGGCAAUGGAUUCAUCAUGGUGCCUGAAUGAUAUUUGAAAGGGAGUGUUUAGGUUUCCAUGCUGAGGAAAAAUGGGUUGGUUCAUUUCUACUGUGUAAAGAAGAAUUGUUUGGUGUCUGAAGAGGGGAAUUACUUCUUUACAUACAUUUUUUUUUUUGAUGUUCCAUGAUAGUAUUUGGGCCCUUGGUGAUCCAUAAGGGAAUCAUUACCUAAUUUUGGUAGAGAGUGUUAUUCCCCAUUUUGUAUAGGGAAAAACAGAGCAAUCAAGUUACACUAUCAUAAAGUGACACAUUAUUUGGAGUCUUCUUAAAAAAUCACACUGUUGGAAAAUGCAUUCAAAGAUGGAACUAUAUAACCAUAUUUGGAAUUUGGAGCCGCUUUAUAAAUAAAUUAUAAUUAUUUUGAAGGAA